UAUCGAUGAUUGUUUAAAUGUGUUUCUGUUUAUAAUCAUAGGUUUAUAUGUUUGGAGAUUGGGAAAACCUUUAAAAACGAAUAUCUUUAUGAAAUUUCUAACUCUCUAAGAUUGUAAUUAUAAACCCUUCAUUACAUUAUCGUGCUGACAUGUCUGUAGUGCAGUAUAAAUAUAGUGCGUUACCGAUAUAACGAGUUUUUACAUUCAAGUUGGUUUCCCAUUCGUUUCAACUAAAAAUGGAAGUGGUUUUUCAAAGCUGUUACUUAAUUUAGAUUAUACGCUAACACCAAUGGAGAUCUGAAUAACCACGCAUAACAUUUCCAUUAACCUUAAGAUACCAUGUGUAAGAUAAGCUGGAAGAAUUCAUAUAAUGUCGGAUUUAUAACGAUAAAACAAGACAACUGACCAUAAUGGCGAAAAUCGCCUUUGGUUCAGGGAAAUUUCUAUAAGAAAUUCAAACCGUUGUCCCUACAGGCCGCAAUUUCAAAAAAGGAAGGAUAGUCACACAGGAUUGACUUUACCAAGAAAUAUUUCUUAGUUUUAUAGGUAUGAAAAGCUAAACGAUAUUCAGUGUGCAAUACUGAUAUCAUGGACUGAAUAUAUUUGAUUACAUUGGUUCAUCAGUCGUGCAAAAAACUAUGGCUAAUCGAUCAAAAUUUAAAAAUUGGAUUAAGGCUGGAUUAGGUGUUCUAUAUACUAAAGAAGGCAUUACGCCUUUUGUUUAUGAUGAAAUACAACAGUUCCAGCAGAAAUGUUUGAGUGACAUUUGCAACAACAAUGGACUUGUUUCUGGGACCACAUGUUCUAGCUGUUAUACAGAAAAUGUUAUUGUUUGUCCUACAAAUAGAAUAUGUAAUGUGGGACGUGGGACAUGCAAAUUUCAUAGAACUUCUGCUACACAAUAUCUCCCAUUUGGCUGCCCUAAAAAGAUAUGUCAUAAUUUCAAAAAAGAAAUCCAGAAUGCCCAUCGAUACUACGGGCCAUCAUAUAAAAACACUGAUGCCAGCCAAUGGUGCAGCAAUCCGUGGGAGGUUGUGAAAUGUUUUAUGCCUCCAGAUGGAUACAAGGAUGCGUCGAGUGCAGGAGAAACGGAUUGCAAUGGAAUCAUCAGUGUAAUCAUAAACUAUAAGGCAUUUCAGUCGAAAGUUAAAGACGACCUUUCUAAGAAAUCCAGCAUCUUUGAACAGUGUAGAGAGAUAGGCAGAGCAGUUAGACAUUCUUCACAAUUAGAAAUAGAAGAUACAGAUCUACAGCACUAUUUUAGUGUCUUACAGAAUCUUCUGUCAGAUCCUGCAUAUUUGUCAGCUAAUACCGAUGCGCAGAAUGCUAAAACGAAAUUAUUACAGCUUCAAAACGAUACUUUAGUCAUUGGUAAAGAUGAUAUCCGGAACGUGCUGGAUGAUGUUGCCAAAACAGUUAAAGAUAAAAUCAGGACUGAAAUAGAUGAGCAAAAAAAGGAAGCCGAAAAGAUAAAAUUAGAACUGAUCACUAUCACAAACAAGUCUGUUAAGGCAAUUGACAAUCAAGGAAUGCUAUCACUUGCUCAACUAGACAAAGCAUUAGAAUCUGCAAUUGAUGAUUUAAAAAAGCAAACACGGGAAUCGCUUAAAAAAGUACAAUCAGAAACUGAUGUUGCUAAGAAAGAGAUACACGAAUUUGCUGAUAAAGGGGUUGACAAGUUAGAAGUCGAAGCCAAAUUUAGAGUGAAACAGAUAGAAGAGUCUGCUGAUAAAGGCGUUAAAACGUUGGAAGACAAAGCCGAAGCUGGAGUGAAACAGAUAGAAGAGUCUGCUGAUAAAGGCGUUAACAAGUUGGAAGACAAAGCAGAAACUGGAGUGAAACAGAUAGAAGAGUCUGCUGAUAAAGGCGUUAUCAAGUUGGAAGACAAAGCCGAAGCUGAACUGUCAAAAUUGUCUGCAAAAGCGGAUGAAAAAUUAAAGCAGAUUGAGGAAUCAACGACAGGAAACAAAGAAGAUCAAUACAACAGGUCUAAAGAAGGAUAUAACUAUAGUGGACAAGGAAAUCCCUUGGAUAAUGGACCUCCUGUUAAUGAAUUAGACACAGUUUGUAUGGACCAUGACUUUUGCUACGGCAGUGGUGUAAAAUG